AUGGGACUCAACUUCGUGCAGUGCAACCUCAACCAUUGUCGCGUGGCCCAAGAUCUCGUCGCGCAAUUCAUGGUUGAAGGAAGAGUCGACGUCGCCCUGAUCAGCGAUCCCUACAAGGUGGAUUCCGCAUCCAGCGCCUGGCACGCGAGCGCCGGACAACGGAAGGCGGCCAUCUACGUCGCGAACACGGGAGUUACCGUGGCCAACGUUAUCAGCGACCCCGAGUUCGUCUCAGCUCGGCUUAACGGCGUCCAGGUGUACAGCUGCUACGCGUCACCCAACAGGCCCAUCGAAGACUUCCAGGACCUGCUCCGCCGUCUCGAAGACAGCAUCAGGACCGUUCAACAGGAAGUCCCCGUCCUCGUCACCGGGGAUCUCAAUGCGAGAUCUGCUGCGUGGGGUGACUGGGUUGACAACAGGAGAGGUGAAGAACUGGAGCUGCUGAUCGAGUCCCUCGGUCUGGUCAUCGCGAACGCGGGCUCAACUCCAACCUUCUCAAGAGGCGCUAGAUCCAUCGUCGACGUCACCCUAGCCUGCGACACCCUGGCAGCCCGGAUCACAGACUGGAGGGUACUGGAGUCGGUGUUCAACAACAGCGACCACCAUUACAUCAGGUUCUCCCUGACUCCCGGACGCGAUCAAGUCAGAGCCACUCCCGCGACAACCAUCGCCCCACGCGCCUGGAACACCGCGGGUGGUGUCGCCAACGACACCUUCCUCGCCGGACUGAUUCUGGCUGAGUGGCUAGAGCAAGGCGACCUCCAGGACUGGCAAGACACUGAACGCGGGGCUUCCGCGCUUCGGUCGAGGCUCACAGCCGCUUGCGACUUUGCCUUUCCCACCCGUCGGACGACUAACCCGAGGAAGCCCCCCGUUCACUGGUGGAACGCGGACAUCGAGGCUCUCCGCGUCGAAUGCACCAUGGCCAAACGCCGGAUGACGAGGAUGACCUCGUAA